UUUCAGACUCACAUACACACACAGACAGGGGACUUCAACAUCUGCAGCCACACAGGCCUACCGACAAACUCAAGGCUCAACUAUGUGAAAGAGACAGAAAACGAAGGUAACAAAGCACAUAGGGCCCAGCUGAAUCCCGCAUCUGCAGACUGGAUCAGAGAACAGAGGUCGGACUGAUGAACAGCAUGUUUCCUCAAAGAAGUGCUGUGGCCACGCUGGGCUACGGCUCAGACUGUGUGAAGAUUGAGCACAGCAGCGGUGGCUCAGUGGGUGGGACAUUGCUCAGGGGAUCCCGCUCUAAGGCAGAGCUACAGGAGCUGAUGGAGACGCUGCAGCGCAGGAAGAGUGCUCUCGAGGCCAGUCUGAGGGCAGCUGAGUGCAGUCGCAAGUAUCUAAGCGUGCCUUCACCUGUUGGACCCCAGUCCGCCAGGCCACUGUCAAUCCUCAGCAACAUGGAGCGCCCUCCAUCUGCCUCUAGAAACUUCUCUUACAUGAGCAGCAGCAGCGUACCCCCAUCACCUCGCCAGGGUGAGCGCCAACUGAGCACCAAUGGCUUGCUCCGUCAUUCCCACUCUCGCCAUCAAUCACAAGACAGCCUUCUCCUCUCUAGCACAGCAGAUGGAAACUCUCUGCUCUCCUCGUAUGGCGAGCCUCUACCUCGUUCUCCCAGGGUGAAAAGCGGAGCAGCCAGUGUGCCAUCCAGCCCUCGCAUGGGCCGCAGACCCUACUCUCAGACCAAAGUAGGAGGUGACUCCAGACAGAGAAAGUAUUCCACUGGCUCCCUUUCCAGCCUAGGCAUGCACAGCCGUUCUCUGCCACGGCUUCACAAUGCAGCAGAUCCCCCUGUUCUGUCGCUACCAUCAUGCCACUCCUCGAGUCACCACAGAGGGGUUGGCUCAGCAGGGCAGCGGCGCAGUCUCUCCUCCCUUGAGCAGCCACCAGAUGUGACAGUACCAGCCAGCAUGCCCAGCACUCCCAGGAGGGCCAGCUUGGCCUCUCUGAGCUCUCUGGGUGUGGAUAUGGAUGGGACCGGUUUAGAUCUAGGCUUUGGAGACAGGAGGUUAUCUUUUGGGAAGGGCGGGCUGACCCCAGGACAGAGGGUGGGCAGCAUCACCUCUUUAAAUGGGAAAGAGGAGCUGAGAGACUACCACCAGCACCAGAGGGAUGAGAGACUCAGGGAGCAGAAAGUGCAGAGAUUGGAGUGCCAGCGUCUAGAGACCAUCUUGAACAUGUGCACUGAGCUGGGCCAGGUGGAGAGAGAACCAGCGGGCUCGGCUGUUUCUGACCUGCAGAAGAUCAAUAAGGAGUUGGAGAAGCUGCAGGUGUCAGAUGAUGAGUCUGUGUUCUCCGACUCUCCCAGCAGCAAUGCUCCAGAGAGCUGCUUCGGGGCCAAAACCAGAGAAUUGCAACUCACCGAGGAGCAGCAGGUCAGCCAGCGUCAGCAUACCAACUAUAGAGAGGCCAGGUCCCACUCUCCUGCUGUCAGCCUGAACAGCAGUGCCCCCUCACCCUCCACUCACCACAGAGCUAAAGCUUUGGAGAGUGUGCAGCUGAAGCAAGAAGUAUCGCAUAUAGAGGAGGAGAGGAUUCAAGUUCUGAACAAUAUCGAGGAGCUGGAGCAGAAGAUCAAAGACCUGGACAACCAGAUGGAGGAGUCUGUCCGAGAGAUGGAGGUGGAGUGUGCUCUGCUGGAAGGGGAACAGGAGUCGGAGAUGACCCAGCUGCAAAGGGUAAAAGAGCUUCUGGAUCAACUCAAGGAAAAGCUUCACGGUAACAAGACGACGAACCCCACUGAGAAGUCGCAGGAAGCUGAGCAGCAGAGGAAAAGUUUGGAGGACUUGGAGUUUCAGAAGCUGGAGAGAGAGAUUCAUCAGGACGAGGAAAAAGAAAAUAAGAGCCAAGAGCUGCUGCGAGAGAUCGCUGAAUGCCAGCGUCUUACUGUCACACACAAGGAAAGACUGAUGACGCUGAAGAAACAGGCCUCACAGAUCACCUUACAGUCUCAGCAAGAAAGAGAACAUUUCCAGAAAGAGAAAAACAAUUUGCUUGUAAUGCUUCAGAAGGAGAGAGAGAAACUGGCGUCGUUGGAAGGAAAGUAUGCAGAGUUGUCUGAGGGGCAGAACUUCACAAACAACCCUGCAGCCAUCAAAGAGCACUUGCAUGCUCUGAAGGAAAGGAGAAGAAGUAGUAAAGAAAACUCCCACCUAAGUGACAGCCUACCUCACAAGAGGAGCCAGCAACUCCUCACUCCCUAUGGCAGAUCCCUGGGACGCACUCUUCCACCCAAGGGCCACUUGCCUCUGUCCCAAAGCUCCAGCUGUGGCAGCGUCAUCCCACAAGGCUUCAGCUUUUCCCCCCGGGACCUGAACACUCGCCGCCUGCCUAAGACAGGCAACAGCCAUGCGCACAUGAAUGAAGACAGACAGAGAAGAAGCGAUUUUUGCAGCAGAAUGGUCUCCGAGCCCAACGUGUUCCUGGACUCCUUCUCUUACCCAGACAACAGCCAGGCCUCAGACACCGUCAGCGUGGACAGCUCAGACAGUCUGGAGACCAGCUUCUCCGCCUGUUCGCCAGACAACAUUUCCAGUGCCAGUACGUCUAAUAUGGCGAAGCUCGAGGAGAUGGAGCGUUUACUCCGAGAGGCCCAGGUUGAGAAGCAGAGACUCCUCGAGCAUCGGGAGCGUGAGAUGGAGAUGCGCAGGCAUGCUCUGGAGGAGGAGCGCAGAAGAAGGGAGGACCUGGAGAAACGUCUGCAGGAGGAGACGAGCAGGCGACAGAAACUUGUAGAGAGAGAGGUGAAACUCAGGGAGAAACAAAGAUCACAGUCCCGGCUGUUGACACGCUACCUCCCUGUAAGGAAAGAUGAUUUUGAUCUUCACGGCCAUAUUGAGGCAGCUGGACAUAACCCAGAUGCCUGUUUCCAUCUGGCCAUCACUGAUAAAACGUGUCGAGGCUUUCUCGUCAAAAUGGGCGGCAAGAUUAAGACAUGGAAGAAACGUUGGUUUGUCUUUGACCAGAAUCGCAGGACGCUUACCUACUAUGCAGACAAACAUGAGACCAAGAUGAAAGGAGUCAUUUACUUCCAAGCCAUAGAGGAGGUGUACUAUGACCAUUUAAAGAAUGCACACAAAAGCCCCAAUCCCUCGCUGACCUUCAGUGUGAAGACCCAUGAUCGGGUGUACUACAUGGUGGCUCCGUCGCCUGAGGCCAUGCGUAUAUGGAUGGAUGUUAUUGUUACAGGUGCUGAGGGACACAUGCAUUUCAUGGUGUAACUGAUCCCAACAGAUCGGGGGUUAACACCACUAAAUA